AUGAAUAUAUUCAAUUUCGCUAGAGGAGAAAAAAAAAUUAAAACGAAUGAGAGACAAGAGAUGUAUGGUAGAAAGGAAACCACAUAUGAAAGUUCCAAAGUUACAAAUAAUGAAUAUAGUAAUUUUAGAAUGGAAAGGGGGGAAAUAACUGUUAUUGGUAAGGAUGUAGCACAUAAGAGAAAUCAAUGCAUAGAGUACACAAAUGGAUGUUUAUUAAAUAAUAUGAUGAUGAAAAAAAAGUUUGAAAAUGUGCACAAGAAUGAAUGUAAAAAAAAACAACCUGUCUUAUUUUAUAACAAGUCAGGAAAAUAUAGAAAAAUGGAUGUAUUAGUGUCCCCAGUUUGUGAAAAAAAUAAAUUUUUUUAUUCAAAGGAAAAAAAAAACAUCCCUCUAAUUAAUUGUUUCCGUAAUGGUAGUAUAGAUCAUUCAAAUGAAGGGAUAGAAAUAUACACGCAAAAUUUUAGUCAGAAAAAUAAUAUAAAUGAAAUGUUCUUAAAAUUUGGAAAUAAUCACAAAAUGGAAAAAAUAAUCAUUGAAGAAGAUGAAAAAAAAAAAAAAAAAAAAAAAAAAAAUUGUCCCUCGACAGAACUGUUGUCUGAAAUAAGCGUUACACAUGAUGAAAAAUUAGUUACUUCUCGUCAUAUCGAAUGUAGUAAUCCAUUAAACUAUCUCUUAAAAAACAAAAAUCAAGUAAAUUCCCCAAUUAAUUGCAAUAUCAAUCAUAGUAUGAGUUUUUACUGUAAAGGUAAAAACAGAAAGGACAAUAUUCCAAAUAUUCUCUGCUCUAAUACAAAAAAUACCAUGUAUAACUGCGUCAGGACAAAUACUGAUGAGCAAAAAUUUCUUAACAACUCCAAUGAGGAGAAACAUAAUCAGAAUUGGUACCAUAAGCAUUGUAUAAAAAUGAAUCCUCAUUUUUGUAAAGACAUGCAUUCCUCAAAUCCUAGUGAAUUAAAAGAAAUUUUAAACAGGGGGAAACAUGGCCUAAGUUCUUCCAUGCACACAUUUUUGAAUACCAAGGAGGAGAAAAAUAUUUCCGAUGUGAAUCUAAAGCGAGAAAGGACACAUGCUCGUAGUGACACCGCUGGUUGCUGGGAUAACAGUGAACAUGGUGGAGAAAAGAAAGAAUUGUUAAUCAACGCAGGAGUAUCAAAAUCAUAUGAACAGAGUGGGGGAGGUAAGAAUAAUUCUAUAAAGUAUUGCAAAAAUAGGAAUAAACAGAGAACAUAUUUAUGCAUGCUAAACGAUUGUAUGCAUGUGAAAGAAGUGGCUAGAAACAAAACAUCUCCACUUGUCAAAAGGGUAGAAGUGUUGAGACAGAGAAGUGUAUGUGAUAGAUUUGGGAAAAAUAUAAAUUUAUGGAAUGCUGAUAGGUUAGUGAAUAUUACACAGGGGGAACAUGAAAAUGUUACACAAACAAAUCUGAAAAAUGAAAGAAGUAUUAAUAAUUAUUUUGUGCAAAAUCAGGGGAAUAUGCAAAAUGUUGGAAAAUCACAUAGUGUUGUACUUACUGAAAAUGUUGGAACAGAAAAAAGGAAAAUGAGUCAAGGGAAGGAUGUAUAUAACGACAUAUUAUACAUCACAUCAACGGAUGAAAAGCAAAAGAAGCAGCAAAGUGAUGAAGAAAACACGUUUAGACAAAAUGAUUCGAAAAAAAUGAACAUGCAUGUUUCGGAUAUGGAAGGAUUGAACAAUCAAGCGAGAUAUAUCGACACAAUGGAGAGUUGUAAGCAAAGUAAUCUCUUGAUGGAUACAUGCGAGAUGAACACCACAGAAUGUGACAUAAUCAAAAGUGAUCAUAUGAUUGACGAAUACAACCAAAUGGAGGAAAAAGUUGAACAUAUGGAAUAUUAUCCUUUUAAUGAUGAUAACAAGAGGUGGAAGUCACCAACAUACGAAUCCUGCACUACUGAAAUGAGUUUAGAAAAGGAAGGAAAAGAUGGAAAAAUAAAUGAAUCAAAAAAGAUGGUCGACAAAGAUACACAUGAGAUACAUAAAUCUGAAUUAAAUGAUGGAAAUUUGAUGGUGAGGAAUGAAAAGGACAAAUGCACAGCUAGAGGAAGCAGUUACGAAGCAGAGUUAAACAAAAGGUACGUAACACAUUUGCUGAAAGUUUUUGAAAAGGAAAGAAUGAGGAGAAGGAGAAGGGGAAGAGAAAAGUCCGAAUCAGGGGAAAAAAUGGGAAUGUGUAAUAAGGAUCAAGGGAUAGAGAAUAACAAAUUUGAAAAUGUUUCUAAAUAUGUAGAUCGGAUAUUUUCCGAAUCAUUGAAUAUGGAUAAGGGAAAAAUAUCAGAGGAUAUAAAUUUAGACAGGAUGAAAAAGAAAGAAGAGGAAGGAGAAAAUGAAAUAGAUUCCUUGUGCAACAUAAAUGAAGAAAAGUGCACUGAAGUGAAGUGGUGUACCGGUCUGCUAGACAAGGUAAAAGAUCACCUAGAUGUUAUAGGAAUAUCGUUGAACGAAGCUGUUGAACUGAACAAAGUGAAAAAGUUAUUUUGGUACUUGUACAUAAAAUCUAAAUUAACAGAUAAUGUUAAUGUUGAACAAUUUUGUGUAUUGUUAAAGGAAAAAAUAAACGAAAAAAUGAAUCAAAAUUAUUUCAAAGAAUAUGUAAUGUGUAAAGAUUUCCAAUCAUUUAGUAAAUGGAACGCUGAAAAUUUUGAUUACAAAAUGAAGAUUUUAGAAAAUUUAUUUUACCUGUUGAAAUCAUACCCAUUAGAUUAUGAAGAAAAUAAAGGAUGCUUUUAUAUGCUGCAUCCACAUAAAAAUAAAAUGAUGAAAAGUUCGAGUCUAAAUGAGAUGAAAAAAUUGAACUUACAUAUGAUGAAGAAUAAAUUAAACUACCAGAAAUUGACGAAGGAAGUGGGUGAACAUUUUAAAAAUAAUUUUUUUUUUCUGGAAAAAAUAUUUAUCCCAAAGGAUGCUUUUUAUUUUGUAAAGGAUCCAGAAGAUGCUGGAUUGAGGGAUGCAUCAAAUAAAACAUUGUAUGUACAUCAGGCUUUAGUGAAUGAUUUAAAAGCAGACAUAAAGGAGAAAAAGAUAUUUGACACUUUUUAUUCUUCUUUUCCACCUUACAGGUCAGAUUAUUAUAGAUACAUUCAAAAAAAAAAAGUUCAGAACAAAAUGAGGAAGAUGAAGGAAUAUAUCUUGUAUUACUAUGAUUUUCCAUCUGUGCAGGUAUUUUUUGAGGCAUUGUUGGAGUUUGAUAGGGAAUAUAAGAAAAGCUGUAUUAGGUCAUGUACUUCCCUUGACCGGAGACGUGAUCUUCCUAAUGCUGCCAUCCCCAAUGGUAAUUUUGUCACGCCCAUUUAUGAGCACACUUUAACAUUUGAACUUGCCUCUAUGGUGUACUCAAAAUAUUGCAACAAAGUACAGAAGCUGUGGAGAAGAGAGGGUUCAAUGCAAGGUAAUGUUGUAAAAGAAAAAUAUUUAAACAUGGCAGAUUCAGAUGUGGGGAAUAUGGUAAAUAACAAAAACUUGGGUGUUAUGAAUACAACUCGUAGCAUGAACACUCCUGAUAACGUGAGCAUUACGUUCUUUGGUACGAAAAAUGAAGAACAAAAUUUGAAGUGUGAAGAAAAAUUCCCAAGCAGGGAAAAAAGUCAGCACUCAGCAUGUACCUUUGAAAAUUAUAUGAAAUAUGGAAUAACUAGCAGCACGUGUACAAAAUUAAGAGAAGGAGAAAAAAAGAAGUUUAGUUAUGUCAGCAAGGAUUCAAAUAGAAAUGAUAUUAACAAAGUAUGGGGAGAUAAAUUAAAAAGAGAGUCUUUAUUAGGUGACAAUGUGAAAGGAAAAAAAAACGAUACUGUCUUACACAUGUCAUCUGAAAAUGAGGUAAAGUUUAAUGGUGCAGAAGAGUCUAAUGGAUAUGAUGAUAUAAUCGAGGAAAUGACUCCAAUUUAUAGAAAUUUCUUCAACAAGGCUGAUACUAAUAAAAAGGUAAAAGAGGUAAAUUUAGAAACGUUAAUAUUAUUUAUUGAAAAUAUAGGGAAAUUAAAAGGGUUUCCAAAUUUCACAUCAAUUGAUGAGUGUUUUUUUGGUAUAUGUUUUUCUGAUCCAGAUUUACCCAAACAUAUAUUAAUUGAAAAUAAAAUUUUACCAAAAAAUAUGAAUUUUAACGGUUUUAUGAAUAGCAUGAGAUAUGUCCCAUAUGUUACUCCUGAUUUUCCUCUACCCAGUAGAUAUUUUGUAUCAAUCUAUAAAAAUGAAAAGGCUAGUAUUAUAUUUAAUUCGAGAAAUGCUUUUUUAAAUGUAUUGAAAUAUAGAGGAAAGAAUAGAGAAAUGGUUUUAUUUAGAGAUAAAAUAAUUUAUGACGUUGUCGAAAUAUUCGUUUUACUGUCUUCGAGUUUGGGUGUCGAUACAGGGAAAUUUGGGAAAGUCCUUGGUGUCACACACUGUGAUGCAGUUCAUAUGGUUGACUCAGCUUAUUACAUAAAUUACAAGAAUUAUUUGAAAAAAGAAAUAGAACGCAUUAAUAACUUGAACGAUUAUGAUUACUCAUCGAAUAGUCCCUCGGAUUAUAUUCCUAGUAGUGUAGAUGUGUCGGGGAAUGAGGCGGAGAAUGAUGCGGAAAAUGAUGCGGAAAAUGAUGCAAAAAAUGAGGCGGAAAAUGAUGCAAAAAAUGAGGCGAAAAAUGAGGCGGAAAAUGAUGCAAAAAAUGAUGAAGAAAAUGAGGCUUAUGAUUAUAUGUCAAUUGGUGCGAAAUGUGAAAGGAUAGAAGUGCAUGAUCAUGAAGAGGAAGAUAAUGGAAAUGUGUGUAACUCGAGCGUGAACCCUUAUGGAGAGGAAGAUGACAUUAAAAAAAAGGACAACAAACAGUUGCAGGAACCACCGAAUAUAUACUUGAGCGGUAAACUUCUGAACCCAGUAGAAGAAUUACUAAUGAGGAAGAUGAAAAAGAUGUCGUACAAACUUGUUCCAAAAUGGCACAUGUCGAAUGAUAUAUUUUUGUCGAGAUUGGUAUCCUAUGAUGAAAUGCAAAUAAGUUUGCAUAAAAUAUAUCCACUUUUUAUGAUUCAAACGGCCCUAAUUUAUAUGAUUCAUAUAUCGUGUUGCACAUUGAGUGAAGAUGAAUGGAGGUAUUUUUUUCAAAGUCCUUUUACAUUAUACAAUAAAUUAACACCUGAGGAAAUAGCUAUGCGGUAUAUAAAAUUAAAAGGAAGCAAAUUCUUCAAACUUAGUGAUAUCAAGGUAAAUAAAAAUAUAGACAUACAUGAAAUAUUUAUGAAAAUACCAGAAAAUAUGCACUGCUCAGAAAUUUACAAAUUGGCUAUAAAUGGAGAAGAUACAUCGAGUGGUUACUUGGCUGAGCCUUUUGAUAUAUACCAUCUAAUGUUCAUUUCGAGAGUAUUCUGGUAUAUCUUUAUAUAUUCCGAUAAUUUCCUUCUUUUACGAUCGUCCAUUUUUUGGGAUAACCCCAAAUAG